CACGGCCUUGUGGUAGUUGUAGUCCGACCUGGCUCCGCUCCCAGCACGCUCGGACUUCAUUUCCCGUGGUGCCCCGGGAGGCCGACUUCCGGCGUGGGUACGGGUCGGCGCACGCGGUUUCGGUUCGUUUGGCUUUGCGGAGCCAUGGAGGGUGGCUUCGGCUCGGAUUUCGGGAGCUCCGGAGGCGGCAAGCUGGACCCGGGGCUCAUCAUGGAGCAGGUGAAGGUGCAGAUCGCCGUGGCUAACGCGCAGGAGCUGCUGCAGAGGAUGACGGACAAGUGCUUCCGGAAGUGCAUCGGGAAGCCGGGGGGCUCCCUGGACAACUCGGAACAGAAGUGCAUCGCCAUGUGCAUGGACCGCUACAUGGACGCCUGGAACACCGUGUCCCGCGCCUACAACUCGCGGCUGCAGCGGGAACGAGCCAACAUGUGACCCCGCCGCGCCCGACCCCCACCCUCCGUUUCAGUUCCAUAAACGCUCUUUGCGAAGCGGGGGCCCGCUCGUGCGUCCUGCCUGCCCGUGCUUCUGAGGAGACCGGCGACCCUCGGGACGCUGCUCCCCUCCCGCCUGCCAGCGAGCGCGGCGUGGAUCGCGGGGGCGGCGAGACUUCGCCAAGUGCCGGCAGCGCGGCGGCACGGCCCCCGGUGUGCACAGGCUCACCGCGUGCCUCGGGCGGAGAACCCGCGGUUGGACCUGGGGGAGCCGUCAGGCCCCACCCGAGCUGUGACCGCCUGACGGUGGGCGGGCAAAUAAAUGAGGGAGGGGCGGAAAAGCAGCCGGCGCUCUUCCCUCCGGGGGUCCUCUGGGGGAGGUGGCAGCGCGCGUCCCUGGGUGCCCCGCCCGGACUGAGCCGCUUCCCCGCCCCGACCCGCCUCCCCGCCUCCCCGCUUCCCCUCUGCGCGGCUGGGCGUCCGCGAUGACCGGGAACAGGUUGCUUGCACGACGGGGACCUUGGAAGAGGAGGCUGGCCAGCCCUCUCCCCAGCUGCUGCGCCGAAGCCUUGGAGGGUGGUCCUCGCCCCCAGGAGGCCUCGCUUCCUCUCCCCCGCACCCUCCCACCCCCAGGCCGGGCUGAGGGGCGGGCAAGUGGUCCUUGCCGUGACACGGAGGUGCUGAGCCGGCAGGCUAGGGACCAGGGGCUGUUUAUUGCAACAAAAUACGCAGUAAGAUUGCUCCCGGUUCCCCGCGCCCCAGACUCCCCUCCUCCGGCAGAGGGGCCAGCCGCUUCCUGCUGCCUUCCCCUCUCUUGUCCCAGGCGUGGGCAGCCACGGGCCGGUCACUCCCGGAUGUUCUGCCCGAUCCAGCCUCUCACGGCAGCCACGCGAGUGUAGACACCCGGGAAGUGGGGCCGUCCGCAGCCGUAACCCCAGCUGGUGACCCCAGUUAGCACCCACCGGCCAGAGGGCUCCCUGCAGGCUAGGGGUCCCCCAGCGUCACCCUGAGGGGAGGAAAGGAAAGGCCUUAGGAGCAGGCCAGUACCCCCCUCCCCCCCCAGAGGCCCUUGAGCCUGGGCCCCUUCCCCCUGAGCCUCCUAGUUCCUGGGAGAUGGGAUGUGUUAGGAUCACCCGCUCCUUUGGCCAGCAGACAUUUAUGGGCACUGGGCAUCGGUCUCGGGCCAGAAUGGGACCUCUCGCUGCCCAGCCCCCAUCCCUCCUCUGCAGGGCCCAGAGGCAGGAUGCCCAAUAAACGGUGGUGGAGUGAGAA